AUGUGGGACGGAAGCCAGUGGCGCGCUCGUAACCAGAUAAAAUGGUACUUGAAAAGGGGAGCCGUUGUGCCCAAGAGCCCUGUUCGUUAUUCGUUCUAUGAGUAUAUCAAAGACGUGGAUGAUUUUGACGGCACACUCAACAUAACACUAUGGGUAUGCGAGGAGCUCGAUCCGCCAGACCGGGAAGAUUCUCGACUACCCGACUGGAGGACCGCCGACGGUACCAUGGUCAAGAAACUGGGCUAUGAGAUUGGAAUGAUUCCAUCCGGGGCGUCUUUGGACUUUGCAGUAUACAUGGAUGGCAAGGAACUGAUGAGCCAGGACACAAGUUACACAAGUGUUCGGUUCUAA